AUGGCUCUUCUGAAUGUUAUCAGUGAAAACCCACUAACUUUACAGCCUGGCCAAGUUAUUGCAUUCGAUCAUUUGGCAAACGGAGAGCACUGGCAGUGGGCUUUGGGCACGGUCGUCUCUUCCGACAAACAUGUUGUUGUCGUGGAGCAGUGGGCAGUCAAUGAAGGUAGCUGCGAGACGCUGAAGCACAAUAUAUCCAGCGAAAUUCAGAAGGAGAUGAAGCGCAUGGGCGUGUUUCAGGAGCAGCUCUCCAGUGCGCGUGAUAAACUGGCUGCCAUCCGCAGCGAAAACGAAGACCGCGUUUCUGCCGCACGCGCCGUGUUUGAGGAUGCCAAGGCGCGUGUGGCGAGCGUUGACGAAGUGCACAUGCGGGAAGUAACGUCUCAAGCAUGCCCCUCUCCAGUUGCCGUUGAGGUUCUCAAGUCUGUGCUCGCGCUGGCACAAAACGACCCGACAGUAACCAACUGCUCCACAUGGGACGACAUUCGUAUGGAAUACCGGAGGCCGAAUGCCAUUGCAGAUUUCAUAAGCGCAGACAUCACUGGGAAAACGUACCCUAACGCUGAAGAGAUAUGUUCAUCACUAAACGAGCAGCGUCUUUCGUCACUGGCUGCAUCACGAGAUUCUGAGGCAAUCAGCAGCUUACAUCACUGGGUAUUAAGUGCUUUAGCGUAUCAGGAAGCGUACUGCCGUCUGACAACGGACACACGAGUGCAGGAACAAAAUGAUGCCAUUGCAAACUGCAUUGCGGGAAUGAAGGGCUGCCGUUUGAAGGUGAUGAAGCUGAAGGAGGAGCUCGAACGGGGAGGGACGCCGACAUUCGGAGGUCAGUUAACAUCAUUCACCAAAACGUCGGUGCAGCUUAAGGCUCCCCUCUCCUCCGUCAUAUCCAUUGUGGGAGUUGAUCCUUCAGCACAGGACUGCGUAUUAACUGACGAUGAAGUGGGGUUGAUACUCGAUAAGGCAGAGCAAACUCGCCUCCAGAUAAAUGAUCACUUUUCUCAUUUAUCUAACAGCUACAUGGAGGCGAUGGCCGAGCUUCAUUGCCUUUCAAUGUACACGAGCGAACUUGAAGAAAGGCGUUUGAAUUUACAGGAGCGUUUCGUGUUCAGUUUGUUUACAAACGCAGGCAAGACAAAUGCUCCGCGUCGUGAAAGAAUCGAAACCGACGUCGGGUUAAGGUCUGUUGAGGCCCCCAGAGGCGAUUCUGCAAAUAAUAUUAAGGACUUACAAGAAAUUAUCAAGGAACUGAGCAGCCAUGAUGAGCGUUGGAUGUACCGGAACGAACCCACCGUCACCACCAAGCACAGAAAGUCUUAUCCGGGGAGGGAGUGGUCGAAGGUUGUUGAACGCAAGCCAGAGGAGCUUCUGUCGACAUUCAGGACCGAGCAGGCUGCGGCCUGCCAUGUUCCUGAGGAUGCUAUUAGGAAUAUUGAGUUCACUGCUACAUCGGAGAAGCUACAGGUGUCGUUUGACGUUCAACACCCAGUGAAACAAACUGCCGCGGAGAUAAAUAAGCGGCUGCAAGAAUUUCCUUCCCGUGGAAUGGAUCGGAUGCUUUGCGACGUCGACCAACCCAAAAAGGGUUUGGAUCGUGCAAUUGUUGAGGUGUGCCGCGCAUUUGAUCUCAGGGAGCAUGCAUUCCGCGGUAUGACGUUCGACAAGUUUAUUGAAGAGGUUGCUAUGAAGGGCCGCGUAGGCGAUAAGGAUGCGUAUGAAAGCGAGAUAGGAGACCUGCUUAUGCUUCUGGACAAAAUCCAUAACGAGAACCGUUCACUGCAGUACACGCUUGAGAAAUCCGCCGAGGAGUUUCGCCGGCAGACAGCAUCAACCAUGCGCGAACAGGAGUCGCUGCGACAGCGAAAUGGUGAGCUUCAUGCUGAGAUCGGUCGUUUGCGUGAUUUGGUUGAAAAGCUUAGGGAUCUUGCCGAUAACCAGGCGAGUGAACUUGAGUUAUUGAAACUCCAAAAAACCCAGGCGAAUCAAAUACGUGCACAGCGCAAUUUGUCGACUUUCAGAGGGGACGAUACCGCGGAACCGGUUUACUGCGUGACCCUUGACGAGCUCCGCGAGCAAACGGAGCACUGUGACCAAGUUGAACGGGAGCUAGAGCGGCAGCGGGAGCAGUGCCAGAAUCUUCUCAACGCCCAGGACGACCUUCUGGCAGAGUUAAGCGGUGUUUCGGAAGAAAAGGAAAAGUUAGAAGCGGAGUGUGAGAGGCUCGAAGCCGAGCUUCGGCAGAUGGAGGAGAAAUCAAGACUGUCUGAGCAGGGGCUUUCAGAAAUGACUCAACGCUUGGAAGAGAAACAGGCGGAAAUUGAGGGACUCUUAGAGAAUCUGGAACAGUUAGAUGAACAGUUGGAGGCACUCAGGGCGGCCGAGAAGAGCGCACAAGCACACAUUGAGGCGCGCGAUAGGGAAAUAUCUGAUCUUCAGCAGAGGCUUGAGGGUGAGAUCGAUGACCAUAUCAAGACAACUGCAUUGCUGGAAGAGUUGCGAAAGCAUUAUAACAACCUAGAAGAGUUGUUCGACAAACAGGAGGCGGAACUCAUGGCAUACAGAGAGAAACGGCAAAAUGCCCACAAGGUUCGCUCUCUUGAACCUACGUUACGACCCAUUGGGACGCAAACCAAGCCGUUUCAGGAAAUGGUUAGCGCAGACGAAAUAAGUAGUGAACCACUGCUUUCGGUGACGUUGGAUGAGUACAACGACCAUAUGCAUCGAAGUAACCAGUUCCAGCAAGAAAACGAUCUGUUGCGACAGCAGCUUCAACAAGCCAAUGACGAGCGAGAAAAUCUCCACGACAGAUUAGAGCAACUUAUGGCAGAAAAUCAAAGCCUAAGCGAGCAACUGCACAAUAUGCAUGAGGAACUUGAAAGAGAAGAAAGGGAUAGGUCCGGAGUUACCCUGCAGAACGAGCGCUUGGCGGAGGAGAUACAGAGAAAAACCGCUGAAAACGAACAACUAGUUCUUGAAAAUAACAAAAGUCGCAGUGACAUCCGGAAUCUUAAUGUUCAGGUACAAAGACUCAUGGAAGAACUUGAGCUGAAGGCUGCCGAGAAUGAGAAACUUGCAGAAGAGCUUGAGCUGAAGGCUGCCGAGAAUGAGAAACUUGCAGAAGAGCUUGAGCUGAAGGUUGCCGAAAAUGAGAAGCUUGCAGAAGAGCUUGAGCUGAAGGUUGCCGAGAAUGAGAAACUUGCAGAAGAGCUUGAGCUGAAGGCUGCCGAGAAUGAGAAACUUGCAGAAGAGCUUGAGCUGAAGGCUGCCGAGAAUGAGAAGCUUGCAGAAGAGCUUGAGCUGAAGGCUGCCGAAAAUGAGAAGCUUGCAGAAGAGCUUGAGCUGAAGGCUGCCGAGAAUGAGAAGCUUGCAGAAGAGCUGGAGCUGAAGGCUGCCGAGAAUGAGAAACUUGCAGAAGAGCUUGAGCUGAAGGCUGCCGAGAAUGAGAAACUUGCAGAAGAGCUUGAGCUGAAGGCUGCCGAGAAUGAGAAGCUUGCAGAAGAGCUUGAGCUGAAGGUUGCCGAGAAUGAGAAGCUUGCAGAAGAGCUUGAGCUGAAGGCUGCCGAAAAUGAGAAGCUUGCAGAAGAGCUUGAGCUGAAGGUUGCCGAGAAUGAGAAGCUUGCAGAAGAGCUUGAGCUGAAGGCUGCCGAAAAUGAGAAGCUUGCAGAAGAGCUUGAGCUGAAGGCUGCCGAGAAUGAGAAACUUGCAGAAGAGCUUGAGCUGAAGGCUGCCGAAAAUGAGAAGCUUGCAGAAGAGCUUGAGCUGAAGGCUGCCGAGAAUGAGAAGCUUGCAGAAGAGCUUGAGCUGAAGGUUGCCGAGAAUGAGAAACUUGCAGAAGAGCUUGAGCUGAAGGCUGCCGAGAAUGAGAAGCUUGCAGAAGAGCUUGAGCUGAAGGUUGCCGAGAAUGAGAAACUUGCAGAAGAGCUUGAGCUGAAGGCUGCCGAGAAUGAGAAGCUUGCAGAAGAGCUUGAGCUGAAGGUUGCCGAAAAUGAGAAGCUUGCAGAAGAGCUUGAGCUGAAGGCUGCCGAGAAUGAGAAGCUUGCAGAAGAGCUUGAGCUGAAGGUUGCCGAAAAUGAGAAGCUUGCAGAAGAGCUUGAGCUGAAGGCUGCCGAAAAUGAGAAGCUUGCAGAAGAGCUUGAGCUGAAGGCUGCCGAGAAUGAGAAACUUGCAGAAGAGCUUGAGCUGAAGGCUGCCGAGAAUGAGAAGCUUGCAGAAGAGCUGGAGCUGAAGGCUGCCGAGAAUGAGAAACUUGCAGAAGAGCUUGAGCUGAAGGCUGCCGAGAAUGAGAAGCUUGCAGAAGAGCUUGAGCUGAAGGUUGCCGAGAAUGAGAAACUUGCAGAAGAGCUUGAGCUGAAGGCUGCCGAGAAUGAGAAACUUGCAGAAGAGCUGGAGCUGAAGGUUGCCGAGAAUGAGAAACUUGCAGAAGAGCUUGAGCUGAAGGCUGCCGAGAAUGAGAAGCUUGCAGAAGAGCUGGAGCUGAAGGCUGCCGAGAAUGAGAAACUUGCAGAAGAGCUUGAGCUGAAGGCUGCCGAGAAUGAGAAACUUGCAGAAGAGCUGGAGCUGAAGGUUGCCGAGAAUAAGAGGCUCGCAGAGGAGGUGACCCAACGUCUGUCGGAGAAGGAGUUGUUGGCCGAGGAUACUAGCGCGCGGCUACUCGAGGCUGACUCAGCCAAUAGCGCACUGCAGUGUAAGGUUAAGCAUUUAGAGGAAAAACUGACCCUUUUAUCAUCUGAAAAAGAAACUGCAUUAGCUACACUUGAAGCAGAGAUAGUUGACUUACUAACUCAAUUGAAGGGACUGAAUGGUACAAACAGCGCAUUGGAGUCACUCUGUGCGUCAAAAGAAAAGGAAUUGGUAUUUUUGCGGGAGCACUGUGAGUUGUGGACUGAUCCCACCACCAAGAAGGAGAAGGUCAUCACGCGUCACGUUAAGGUGUUUGACGGAAACGAAUGGAUGAAACUGAUUACUGAUCGCCCUGAAGCGCUUAUGUCCGCAUUUGUAAUUGAUGCGGGUAACGCUUGUCACGUCCCUGGAGAUCAGAUACACGAGGUUUCCUUUUUAAAUAAUAAGGAAAAGCAUUAA